UGCGCAUGCUUUGUCGAUUAGUUCUGCCUUGGUUCAUCGGGGCAGUCAAGAUGGCGGCCUGGGGAGUACCGCCAAUCUCUGUAUUCCGUUAGAUGUUAAAAUUACAAGAAAAUAACCCCCCUGUAGCCAAUUUCAUUCGCCAUGAGGACAAAGGCAACGGUUUGCUUUGGGAUCUAAUUCUAUAAAGAUCCCAGAAGGAGCCAGCAAGAUGUGUGAUAGCUAUACCCGCUCACUGCUGCGGGUUUCGGUAGCGCAAAUCUGCCAGGCUCUGGGCUGGGACGCGGUUCAGCUGACGGCCUGCGACCUGCUCUCCGAUGUACUGCACCGCUAUAUCCAGCAGCUAGCUAGAGGCUGUCACCGCUACUCUGAGCUCUACGGACGGACGGACCCCGUUCUGGACGAUGUCGGCCAGGUCUUCAGGCUGCUGGGGGUGAACCUCAGUGAGCUGAGUGACUAUGUGCAGCACCUGGAGCCCCUGGGCUUUGCUCACCAGAUGCACCAGUUUCCUGUCAGCAAGAACAACAUGCUGCAGUUCCCACAAGCUGGAGCACUGGACAUGGAGGAGAGGAAGGAGUACAUCCCUGACUACAUGCCCCCCCUCGUCUCCUUACAGGAAGAGGAAGAGGAGGAGCAAAACCUUGCAGACUUGGGCACCUCGGCUGAAGCCAUGCAGGUACCGUUGGAUGAGGAGCAGGAAGAGAUGGAGGAAGACGAGGCAGUCAAUGAUGAGAACUACCUUGGCAAGAGGCACCUGGACAGUUCCGACUCGAUGGAGCUCAUGCCUGCCACUAAGAGACCCCGUCUCCCUGGUGUCAACCUAUCAGAUAGUCCGGAUUGGGGGACUGAGCCCCGGGAGCCGCUCAGCUCCCUGAAUUCUCAGCAGCUACCCCAAGGCACGCUUCCAACUCACCAUUCACUCAACUUUUCCAGCCCUCUAAACCUGUACCACGAAUCUCAGGUCCCUCCCCUCUCCUCCAGGCCACAAGCCACUAACACAAGACCGUCUGAUGCCAAACCCAUCUCAAUCCCAAGCAGAAAGCCCAAGAUCAACUCGCCCCGUAGGCAGAAGAUGAAAUCACCCAAAAGGGCUAGUUUGGGUUCUGGGUCCAGUAGCCCCAUACGUUCACCUAAAGCUGCACAAAAGGAGAAAAAGAAGUCACCGGGUCGAACCAAGGGCCCAAAAAGCCCUAAGAGUCCCAAAUUAGUCCUGUCAAAAGUAUCUCACCCCCCUGGAAAGGCCGAGGCACAGUUAAGACCACCCCUGGCCGUUCUGAGUGACAAAAUGGGAAUCGAGAACAUCCAAAUGCAGACAAGUCUAGCAGCUAUGUCAGAACCUGAGAAACUCCAUCCGGAAAUCCAACAAGGGAGCCUCGAACCCCCUAACAACACCAUAGACGAUUCUAUCACUGCUGUCAUUGCCAGAGCAUGUGCCAAGAAAGAACCUGACCCGUUUGCAUUCGCUUCAGGCUCCGAGUCCGACUUAUCUUCCAGUCCAAGGAGACUAACCAUCUCGGAACCGAUGACCCCUAGGCUGGAGCUUAGCGCAAAUAGCUUUGGUAGGGUCACGUCAACGCCUAUUCCGUCAAAUGCCGGUGCUGCUUUGGGCGCCAUGAAUUCUUGGACGAUGGAUGACUCCAUUAAUGAGGUUAUACGGAAGGCAAACCAAGGAGGCUCCUCCGGCCCAUCUGCAAAUCCUACGUAUAUGUCCUCAGCUUCUGCCUCUCCCCCAACCCCGGAGCCCCUGCUCAAGGUGUAUGAGGAGAAGGCCAAGCAGACGGUUUCGACUGACAUUAAGAAGAAGCUAAAAAAAGAACUCAGAACCAAGAUGAAGAAAAGGGACAAGGAGAAACUGAAAGAGAAAGAGCGUGACAAGGGGAAGAACAAAGAGAAGAGUAAGGACAAGAAUAAGGACAAGGAGAGGGAGUUUUUCAAGGAGCCCAGGUUGCCCUGGAAUGACAUCGGCAGCCCGGAACACGAACAGGGAGAACUGUUUAGGCCCCAGGAUUUGAGCGAGAUCAUGAUACUGAAGGUGAAGUCCAAAGAUGGCAGCAAAAGGGAUAAGGACAGACACAAGGACAAGAAGAAAGAUAAAGAGAAGAGCAAGAGGGAUAAAGAGAAGCGGGACAAGGGCAAGGAGAAGAACAAGGAGGAGCGUCAGAAAGCCUCCGCAUCCCAACUGGGCCCGAAGGAGGCCCUGCCGGCGCUUUUCAGCACCUCGAUACUGCCUCCUCUGGCCCCCAUCCUCCUGGAGAAGGAUAAGGCCAAGGAGAAAGAAAGGAAGAAAGAGAAAAAAGAGAAGAAGAAAAAGAAGGACAAAGAGAAGGAAAAAGGGAAGGUCAAGGAAAGGGAAAGGGAGAAAGAGGAAAAGAAGAAAGAGAAGGAGAAAAAGGAGAAGGAGCGGGACAAAGAAACGCCAAAGGAGAAACACAAGGAGGAAAAGGUGAAGGCAGAGCCCCCAGCAGCUCCUGUUCUGUCCCCGGUCAUUCCCAGACUCACCCUGCGCGUCAGAGCUGGACAAGACAAGAUAGUCAUCAGCAAGGUGGUCCCCACUGCUGAGGUGAAGACCCCAGUGGUAAAGACCCCAGUGGUAAAGACCCCAGUGCCAAAGACUCCUGCUGCCAAAUCGGGACCUAACAGCCGGCCACGCACGCCACCCCCCGCUCCAAUCCUGUCCCCGGUCCCCCCGCUACCUCCUGUGAUUCUCCAUCUGCCCCCCACGGCCCCACCAUCCGCCUCCCCUGCCCCAGUCCUGCCUCUGCCACCCUCGUCCCUGCCGUCGGCCAGUUCCUCCAAGAUGCCCGUGCGCAGCGUGAUCACCGAGACCGUCAGCACCUAUGUGAUCCGAGACGAAAGCGGCAACCAGAUCUGGAUCUGCCCCGGGUGCAACAAACCGGACGACGGGAGCCCUAUGAUCGGGUGCGACGACUGUGACGACUGGUACCACUGGCCCUGCGUCGGCGUCCUUGCUGCCCCUCCUGAGGAUGUCCAGUGGUUCUGUACCAAGUGUGACAGCAAGAAGAAAGACAAAAAACACAAAAAGCGGAAGCACAAAGUGCGCUGACCGGCCACCCAGUCGCAUUCUGUGUUACUGAGAAGCCACUUGCUAACCUGUUACAUGAUUGGAUAUCAUGUCGCAUUUUCCCACCAGUCUCCAGUUCCAGUGAUCUCAAAGACUCUGAGGCAGCCACGUGCUUUCUGCAAUAUGCCAUAUAAGAUGUUUCAUGUACAUAGGAAAAAGCUGACGUUUUGUAUAUAAAUGUACAUAGGACAUCCUAAUCAAAUCUUUUCUUAUAAGCCUGACUACUUUUGUUACUCACUUAUUCAUUUUUAACUGAUUCUUUGUAAUUAUUGUACAUUUUUUUAAAAAGUUUGUAUUUGUUACUUUUUUCUCACAGUUAUGACAUUGCUUUUCUUUAGUCCUGCUUUUUGUAAAAUAUUUUAUUUACUUGAUAUUAUUAAAGAAUUUCUCCUUUAAGUAUGCAUUCGGAAUCCAUGCAAAUCCUCAGUGUUGUUAAACAAAAAAAAAAAGCUUAAAAACCUUUUAUGUGCCAGAAUUUCUGCUUUUAAUUUGUCCAGCUUAAUUUGAUUAUGAUUAAUGAAUUGUCUUUUCCAUGAAUACAUUUAGCUAUAUAUAUAUUUUUUGAGUUUAUAAAUACUGUAUGUGCUGAAUUCUGCUGUCAUCCACUCAUAAGGUCUGUAUGAUAUUACUUUCUAUAGUCAGAAUGAUUAAAUUAAUAAAAAGAGCAACAUAUUUUUAAAUAAAAUGCUUUGAGAAUAUUAACUUCUCACAGGUAACGUGACAACCACUGCCAGGUUCUCCUCUCUGUUUUUUUCUUUUCCCCCUUUGGCUUUUAUCGUAUUAUGGAAAAUUAAGGAAAUAAAAUUGACGGUUUUGCUGUAAA